AUGGCCUCCAACAACCUCCUCACCGUCACCCGCCGCCUCCGCCUCCGCCUCCGCCUCCCCCUCUCCACCCGCCCCUUCUCCGCUGCCCCAGCGACCUCCUCCCUCCCCGCCCCGCCUCCGCCCAACGCCAUGCUCUACGACCGCCUCUCCGCCGCCACCAAUGCCAAGCUCCGCCGCCUCGAGCACCCCGACCCCCGCUUCCUCAAGUACGGCUCCCCCGUCCCCUCCACAGCCGACCACACGCGCGUCCUCGGUGCACCCAUGACCCGCGUGACCACGCUCCCCAGUGGCCUUCGCGUCGCCACCGAGUCCUCCCUCGCCGCCCGCACCGCCACCGUCGGCGUUUGGAUCGACGCCGGGUCGCGGUUCGAGACCGAGGAGACCAACGGCACCGCUCACUUCCUCGAACACAUGAUCUUCAAGGGCACCGCGAAGCGCACCGUCAGGGAGCUCGAGGAGGAGAUCGAGAACAUGGGGGGGCACCUCAACGCGUACACCUCGCGCGAACAGACCACUUACUACGCUAAGGUCACGGACAAGGAUGUUCCCAAGGCGCUUGAUAUUCUGGCUGAUAUCUUGCAGAAUUCGAAGUUCGAUGACAAUAGGAUUAUCCGCGAGCGUGAUGUGAUUCUCAGGGAAAUGGAAGAGGUUGAGGAACAAAUGGAAGAAGUAGUCUUUGACCAUUUACACGCAACUGCUUUCCAGUACAGUCCACUUGGUAGAACAAUUCUUGGACCUGCUCAGAAUAUCGAGACAAUCACUAAAGCUCAUCUGCAAAACUACAUUCAGACACACUACACAGCUCCUAGGAUGGUGGUUGCUGCAUCUGGAGCUGUCAAGCACGAAGACAUUGUUGAGCAAGUAAAAACAUUGUUCUCUAAGUUGUCAACAGAUCCCACCACAGCUUCUCAAUUAGUUGCAAAAGAACCAGCCAUUUUUACCGGUUCCGAGGUUAGAAUUUUGGAUGAUGAUAUUCCCCUUGCACAAUUUGCUGUAGCUUUCGAAGGUGCUGCGUGGACAGAUCCUGAUUCCGUUGCUCUGAUGGUCAUGCAAGCUAUGUUGGGUUCUUGGAAUAAAUCCACAGGAGGUGGAAAACACAUGGGUUCUGAGUUGGCGCAACGAGUUGGCAUUAAUGAAGUUGCAGAAAGCAUGAUGGCCUUCAAUACCAAUUACAAGGAUACAGGUCUUUUUGGUGUUUUUGCUGUCGCUAAGAAAGAUUGCUUGGAUGACUUAAGCUAUGCAAUCAUGAAAGAGACAACCAAGUUGGCUUAUCGGGUUUCAGAAGAUGAUGUUACCCGAGCUCGUAAUCAGUUGAAAUCUUCACUCCUGCUCCACAUAGAUGGAACGAGUCCCGUAGCUGAAGAUAUUGGGCGUCAGCUACUCACCUACGGCAGAAGAAUACCAUUUGCAGAAUUGUUUGCUAGAAUUGAUGCUGUUGAUGCAAGCACAAUAAAACGUGUUGCUAACCGAUUUAUUUAUGACAAGGAUAUUGUAAUUGCUGCUAUGGGACCUAUUCAGCGUUUGCCUGAUUACAACUGGUUCAGACGCAGAACCUACUGGAAUCGCUAUUAG